AUGAACAUGUGGUCGCUGUCUCCGGCCUUCACCCCGCCGGUCUCCCUCCCCAACAUCGCCCCGCAACAACGUCGCUCUCAGUGUAGUCGCACCCCACCCUUUGCCAAGAAGGGCUCCUCGGGGAAGAAGAGAAGCAAAGUCUCACGACCAAAGCGAACCCCGUCCAACUCGCAGUCAAAGCCGUCCGCUUCUCCUACAUCCCGCCAGAAAAAGUUCUCACCUCUUGACGCUCCCCCCGAGCAAUUUCCUGGUCCCCUGGCCCCCGAAAUUCUUGGAGAGUCAGUCGAAGCAGUUGACGAGAUCCCAGUUAAUGACAACAUCAAAAGCGCUGCCGAUGUCGAGAUUUCCCUUGCGAGUGAUGUCCCCACUGCCACAGAUGUCGCCCUGCCACAAGUUGACGAGGGCAAGCUACGACUGCCAGAUAUAGGUUCGAUGGGCUCCGGGAGAGCCAUCCGCCGAAAACGUAAGCCGCGUGCAUUGGAGGACGUCAAAGAAGAAAGGUCGAUAGAAGUGGAAGAGGCGAGGAAGGCUUUACCUACAAAUACCAUUCGAGAACUGACGCAGGCAUAUAGGAAGAAGGGGAAAGAGGCCCAAGUGCUAAUCGACGAGCUUGAGAAAGACCCAGAUUUUAUGUUUCAGACCGGCAAUCCGGAGGGGGAGUACGAUCUCACCUCCGCCAUCAUUGGCACUGGCAGUCCAAAUAAGCAAGGCGUUUAUGUGCUACCGUAUUUGCAAAGCGGUCAUCUCCUUCUGUUGCUUGUCACUUUGCUCUGUACCUUCGUGUACUAUCCAGGAUUUCCGCUCACAGAGUUAGAGGACUCCCUGCGUGGUUAUCUUAAGGUCGGGCUUGCGAUUACAUAUACCCUCAACGCGGGUCUUGCCAUUCUGGCGUUCAAGGACGCACAGAAGAGAGGACAGCCCGCUGCCUUCUGGGCACUCAAGACAGCAUUCUUUGGGAAUAUUGCGUUCAAUGAGCUCAGGAGAAAUGCACCAUUAUCGCCAAAAAGCGGGAAAUGAACGGCUCGUUCUGCUUGUUGCUUUUUGAAUGUGGGAUGGUGCACACAUGUAGGGUUUCAGAUACUCGAUUGUUGAUCACAUUUACAAGCCGGGGCAAAGAAAUGAGUUUUAUUCUAUGGGCAGACUGAGAAAAACAGUCUGCGAGUUGAGCCGCCAGAGCAUGAGAUUACUAUUGUUCGAAAUUCAGUGCUUGAGAGGGCCAUUGGCUUUCUCAACUCGGAAACUUGCUAACUAUUGGGCAACGCGACUGUGAGAUGGACAUUGACAGUGGAGUUUAGGAGUGAAGAUGAACUAUUUGCGGAGAAGAUCUAAGUAGUAGCACGGCUAAAGACUUCGACAUCCUUCUUCCGCUCUCUUGGGCUUCUUUUCGAAGUGGCAAAAGCCUUUUAGACCGAGCUGAGAAGUGCAGAAUUUGGAGCAAUAGGGAUGUGUCUCUUGAUUGCACCUCAUAGGACUGAUGUGGGACCGACGUCCUUCCGACAGGCAGGUUCCUGUUUUGUUCGAUCCCAUGAAGAAUAAAAAUAACCGUGUACU